GUCCAGCCUUCUGCAGCCCGGGCGCCAUGAACGACGUGGCCAUCGUGAAGGAGGGCUGGCUGCACAAACGAGGGGAGUACAUCAAAACCUGGCGGCCCCGCUACUUCCUCCUCAAGAACGACGGCACCUUCAUCGGCUACAAGGAGCGGCCCCAGGACGUGGACCAGCGUGAGUCCCCGCUCAACAACUUCUCCGUGGCACAAUGCCAGCUGAUGAAGACAGAGCGGCCCCGGCCCAACACCUUCAUCAUCCGCUGCCUGCAGUGGACCACAGUCAUCGAGCGCACCUUCCAUGUGGAGACACCCGAGGAGCGGGAGGAGUGGACCACUGCCAUCCAGACAGUGGCUGAUGGACUCAAGAAGCAGGAGGAGGAGAUGAUGGACUUCCGGUCGGGCUCGCCCAGUGACAACUCUGGGCCCGAGGAGAUGGAGGUGUCCCUGGCCAAGCCCAAGCACCGCGUGACCAUGAAUGAGUUUGAGUACCUGAAACUGCUGGGCAAGGGCACCUUUGGGAAGGUGAUCUUGGUGAAGGAGAAGGCCACAGGCCGCUACUAUGCCAUGAAGAUCCUGAAGAAGGAAGUCAUCGUGGCUAAGGACGAGGUGGCCCACACGCUCACUGAGAACCGCGUCCUCCAGAACUCCAGGCACCCCUUCCUCACGGCCCUGAAGUACUCCUUCCAGACCCACGACCGCCUCUGUUUCGUCAUGGAGUAUGCCAACGGGGGCGAGCUCUUCUUCCACCUGUCCCGGGAGCGUGUGUUCUCCGAGGACCGGGCCCGCUUCUAUGGCGCUGAGAUCGUGUCGGCCCUGGACUACCUGCACUCCGAGAAGAACGUGGUGUACCGGGACCUCAAGCUGGAAAACCUAAUGCUGGACAAGGACGGGCACAUCAAGAUCACGGACUUCGGGCUGUGCAAGGAGGGCAUCAAGGAUGGUGCCACCAUGAAGACCUUCUGCGGGACGCCUGAGUACUUGGCCCCUGAGGUGCUGGAGGACAACGACUACGGCCGGGCAGUGGACUGGUGGGGGCUGGGCGUGGUCAUGUACGAGAUGAUGUGCGGCCGUCUGCCCUUCUACAACCAGGACCACGAGAAGCUCUUCGAGCUCAUCCUCAUGGAGGAGAUCCGCUUCCCCCGCACGCUCGGCCCUGAGGCCAAGUCCCUGCUCUCAGGGCUGCUCAAGAAGGACCCCAAGCAGAGGCUCGGCGGGGGCUCCGAGGACGCGAAGGAGAUCAUGCAGCAUGGCUUCUUUGCCAGCAUCGUGUGGCAGGACGUGUACGAGAAGAAGCUCAGCCCGCCCUUCAAGCCCCAGGUCACUUCAGAGACUGACACCAGGUAUUUUGAUGAGGAGUUUACGGCCCAGAUGAUCACCAUCACACCACCCGACCAAGACGACAGCAUGGAGUGUGUGGACAGCGAGCGGAGACCCCAUUUCCCCCAGUUUUCCUACUCGGCCAGCGGCACGGCCUGAGGAGGGGCCAGCUGGCCACAGGCAGCCACAUGCUCCAGACCACGGCUUCAGUGGACAGAGAGGGAGCCCCGCACAAUGGUCUGCAUUUAGUGGUUUUUAUUUCUCGGGUGCACUGGAGAGGACCCACGUGCUUCCUCCUGAGCACGGAUGGCAAGGCACCUCGUGCUGUAGGCAGUGGCCUCCCUGCCAGCCGGAUCAGGGAGAAAAUUGUUGGGUGGUUUUUCUUAAUUUAUUUCAUCCAGUCUGUUCUCCAGAUGUGGCCUCGGCCCUCAGAACAAUUAGGUUCAUGUAGAAAAACGUUAAGGAUUUCUGCAGCCAUGUGCAAUGUGGGGUCCGGGCAGGUCCUGCUGCGGUCCCCUUCAUCAGCCCCUCACCACCGCCCUGGCUGUCGCCUCUUCUAGGGUCCAGUGCCUUGGCCCAGCUGGGGUCACCAGAAGCAACCUCAUUGUGGCAUGCUGGCUGGCACCCUCUCCCUCAGGGUGGGGCACAUGCCUGCCCCCCGCACUAAGGCUGGGCCUCUGAGGACAUCCUCAGAGGUGGCACCCCUGAGAUAGGACUAGGGGUGGGGCCUGGGCCGGGGUUUGCCCAGUUGCCCAGAGAAACAGGUUUAAAUUUGUUGCUGUGUAUUAUGCUGUUCAAAGGCAUUUUGGGGGGUUUAAUCUUAGAGACAGGAAAGCCCCCUCCCUCCCCUCCUUUCCCCCUCCUGUGUCACUGUUCUUGGUGGCUGUCCCACCAAGCGCAUCCACCUCUGAUGACUUCUCCAUGAUAGCACUUGUUCUUUUAGAUGCUUUCCUUUCCCGGCUGUAUGCACCCCCAGAGCCCUUUUGGAGGGGAGGCUGCCACCUGCCCCUCCACGCCCUCCCGGCCAGACGCUGCCGCUGCUGCUGCACCAUGGUGUUUUUUACAACGUCCAACUUGAGUAUUUUUACUACUAUAAUAUGGAACUUUCCCUCCAAAUUCUUCAAUAAAACCUGCUUUUCAAGUU